GUGCUGUGAAGACCUUCCCAAGUGGCAGUGAAGUGCCCCGUGCAGUUGAGCUGGCCUCUGUGCCACGGACUUGGCCUUCACCAUGGCACACCGACUGCAAAUCCGGCUGCUGACAUGGGACGUGAAAGACACGUUGCUCAGGCUCCGCCGCCCCGUGGGAGAGGAUUAUGCUGCUAAGGCCCGAGCCCAUGGGCUGAAGGUGGACGCUGCAGCCUUGGGACAAGCCUUCGGACAGGCAUAUAGGGCCCAGAGCCAGAGCUUCCCCAACUACGGCCUGAGCCAGGGCCUCACUUCCCACCGGUGGUGGCUAGAUGUGGUCAUGCAGACCUUUCGCCUGGCAGGUGUCCGGGAUGCCCAGGCCAUGACCACCAUUGCGGAGCAGAUGUAUGAAGACUAUACCAGCCCUGGCAACUGGCAGCUGUUGGAAGGGGCUGAGACUGCCUUGCGGGGCUGCCGCAAGCGGGGUCUGCAGCUGGCAGUGGUCUCCAACUUUGACCGGCGGCUGGAGGACAUUCUGAUAGGGAUGGGCCUGAGGGAACAUUUUGACUUUGUGCUGACCUCUGAGGCUGCCGGCCAGCCUAAGCCACACCCUCGGAUUUUCCAGGAGGCCUUGCGACUUGCUCACGUGGAGCCGGCAGUGGCAGCCCACGUUGGGGACAGUUACCGCUGUGACUACCAGGGGGCUCGUGCAAUAGGCAUGCACAGCUUCCUGGUGCUUGGCCCAGAGCCCCUGGACCCCACGGUCAAGGCUUCUAUCCCUGAAGAACACAUCCUGCCCUCCCUGGCCUAUCUCCUGCCUGCCCUUGACCGUCUGGAGGGGUCAACUCCAGGGCUGUGAGUCUGGCGAGGGCAGGGAUGCAAGGCCCUUGGCGACUAGGAGCUCGUUCUUUCUUCAACACUUCUGCCCUCUGCUCCUCUCCCUGCAGCCUGCACAGUCUAGUCUGACUAUAAACAGUAAGUGCCCACUACUUACCCUUUGAUUCUGUUUGCUUAUUCUCACACCUGCAUUGCUCUUUCACCAUGUGUCUCCCUCACCUCUCACAAGAUCCACAAAGGGCCCAGCUAGCUUUGGAGCCAGGAAUUGGCCAAUUUGGUUUUAGCCACAAGGAGAGUCCUUUGAUAAGGGAUGAUUUUUUAAACUCCCCCCAAAACCCAGACACUGUUAGAGCUGAAGCAGAAAUCCUAAGAAAAUGCACUCAUUCAGCCCCCUGAGACACCAUCCCCCUGGAUGCUUUAAGUCAGGGCUCCUUGAAAAACUCAGGUUGGGGGCCUGGCACCAUGGCCUAGCAGCUAAGUCCUUGCCUUGAACGUGCCAG